AUGCAGAAAGACCUGCACGACCUUGUCUUCACAGAUCCUACAAUCUCGGAGGACGACUACGAAGCAGCCAUCAAAUGCCUACCACGAAUGGUCCAGAGGCUCAGGGACCAGAAUAAGACAUGGAGCAUGCAGCUAGAGAUCUUGGAUACUCCCGAUACCGCCCAGGCACGACGCAUCAGUCAAAGCCUCGACGAGCGCAUCCGAGCUGUCUUGGCGGAGAACGCCGAGCUGAAGUCCAGAAUGGACAGAAUGGAACACGAAAUUCAGAGCCGCGCACGACGGUCCACGAUCGUUGCCACGGAAGUCAAGUCGCAGUUGGGGGAGCGAUCGGAUGAGCGGCCUGCUCUGGAGGAUCAGGCCCGCGUGAGCUGGACCCCUCGCGAGUUCGAAAAGAUACUUGAGCUCUCACGAGUCUAUCGACGCAAUAGGCGCGGAUCCGAGAUAUUUGAUUUCGACAGCUCCAUUAUGCGGAGCUACUCUCUAUCCGAUUUGAGCCUGUCCAAUAUCUCUAUCAUUUCUGUGAUUGCGUUACCAAUCCAGGUGUCGGAGGUGGACGAGGACGGAAAAUGGUAUAAGCAGAAAGACUUGCAGAUAAUUCCAGAGCAUGCCGACUACGAUUCGGAGGAUGACGAUGCUACGAUACGUGCCCGAAAGGACACACUGGAAGACGACUCAUUGGCCGAUGAGCUCGACCGAGCGUUCUAUCCAGCGGACCCGCCGGUCUUGCGUGAUCUGCCUUCCAACGAAUCUCCUGUUCGGCCCGUGCUAUUGGAUCAGGGUGGCAAAGCUUUGCCACCUCCCUCAAUGGAUGUCGUAAUACAACGAAUGGAACGAGAUUUCGAUCGAGGAAGAGGGAAAGCAAAGUCGGAACCUGUGGCUCCAAGAGCGAGACCUGACAGCCCGUUUCCGAAGAGCGAAUGGGAUGUCAUGACAUACAAAAGUUACGCGCAAAGACUCUUCGAUGCAGAGUCUACUGUUCACGAAACCACAGCUGGAACUUCGCAGUCUUCGACCGGGCCAAGCACUCGCACGAAACAAAAUGAAUCUACAGAAGUGCUCUUUAUCUGUGCCAGUCUUUACGCCUUUGACCUGAAUGUGAGCCGCCUCGAAGCCGGCUAUCCUUAUCUCACAUACGCGGCCGGGGACAUUUUUGAUGUGCUUGCACGGGUAGGAGAGCUCUGGCUUGCUCGAAAUCAAGAAGACGACUCUAAAGGCGAGCUGGGAUGGGUGUGGGAGAAGCAUUUCGUGAUACUUGAAGCUGACCCGCGUUUCUUUGAGGACGUUGAAGGGCAGGCAUUUUUAGAAAAGCACAGCACUAUAUGGACAAAAGCAAACGCUGUAUGA